AUGGUGUCCCCGUUCCUCGCAUCCGACCCUGUCGCUGAAGAAGGCUCGCUAGCCAUCCUCCACCUCCGUCGCAAUCUCCUCACGCCGACAAUCCUGAGCGCACGCGACGAGGCGGACCAGGGCUACAAGGAGGGAAAAGUAACCAAUACGCGAUACGGCUCGUUCCCGCACAGUACGCUAAUCAAUAAGCCAUGGGGCUCGCAAAUUCUCGCGUCGAAGGUUGAUACCGGGUCAAGGGGCCGGAAGUCCAAGGGCGGCAAGGCGGCGCACUCGUUGAAGAGGAAAGCUGACGAGGUAGAAGCCUCAGAGGAGGGAUCGAAAGCGUCAGAUGCCGUUGCAGCGACCAGUGGAUUUGUUCAUCUCUUGCGGCCUACGCCUGAGUCGUGGACAUCGUCGUUGCCGCACCGCACGCAAGUCGUUUAUACAGCCGAUUACAGCUAUAUCCUCCACCGCCUGCGCGCGCGCCCCGGAAGUUCUAUUAUAGAGGCCGGUGCUGGAAGUGGCUCCUUUACUCAUGCGGCAGCUAGAGCUGUCUUCAACGGAUACCCAUCGAGCAGCCAUUGUGCCAAAAGACGGCGGCUGGGCCAGGUCUCCAGCUUUGAGUUCCACGAGACACGAGUACAAAAGGUUCGCGAGGAGAUCAAAGCCCACGGCUUAGAUGGGAUUGUGCGGGUAAAUCAUCGCGAUGUGUACAAUGAUGGGUUUCUAUUGGGCCCACCGUGGAAUGGUGAAUCUCCAAAGGCAAACGCCAUCUUCCUCGACCUUCCCGCGCCGUGGUUGGCCCUGAAACAUCUUGUCCGUAACCCGCCUGAUGGCUCCGAAUCUCCUUUAGAUCCCACAUCGCCCGUGCACAUAUGCACAUUUUCCCCGUGCCUUGAACAAGUUCAGCAAACAAUCAGUGCCCUGAGACAGCACUCCUGGCUUUCCAUAUCCAUGGUCGAAGUCAUGCACCGCAACAUUGAAGUAAGAAGGGAGAUCUACGCCGUGGAAUGCAAUGGAGGCCUCCGCGGCUCCAUCUCCGGCCCAAGAAACGUCGAAGAAGCCCUUUCCAAGCUGCGAUCCGAAGAACAAGCCAGAGCACUACGCGAGAAGCUGCGGGAGAAAGCCUUCAGUGCCCAUAUUCAAACAGGGCCGAGUCAUUCACCGUUCCGAGCCAGAAAUUAA